CUCAAGCCUAACAUUUCUUGCAUUCAUACUUAGGUACCUUAGGUACCUACCUAACCUAAGAACUCCAUAAUACGUCCGGGGGCGGAAAGGAGGCGAAUUAAGCAGACACCAUGAACUAUCAAGUGGCGAUGAUGGAAAUCAGCACUCCAACCGGAAUACAAUACGACAAACCCCUCAUCGCUCAAACAUAUUUGGAGAAAACUGGUGCCCUGUCGCGGAGGAUCAGAGAAGUGUUCUUAUAGAUAGCGGAAUCUAAUAAGUUGUCCCUCAGUACUCGAUAUGGUCAUCUAACCUGGGCGGCUACAUUUGAAUGGAGGUAGAGGCUAAGAUAUAAUAGCUAGGUACCUUACCUUACCUACCUAACCUACCUACCUAAGCUAUCACUUCCAGGUAUUCAACCUCGCCCUGUGUGGAAUUCGGUCCGCGAGCACGACAUGAUAUUUGCGCCCAUAGUACGGAUUAGCUUGGAUUCUGAUCCGAAAUGGCAAUGCAUGCAGCCAUGGCCGUUAGCCUCGCGCAAAUCGCCAAAACUAUCGAUCAUUCCUUGCUGCACCCGGCCAUGACCGAUAAAGAAAUCCUUGCCGGCCUGGAGAUAGCUAAAAGGAAUAAGGUCGCUGCGGCAUGCGUUAAACCUUACAGCAUCUCUGCGGCGAGGGAUGUCCUCGACGGUUCUGGCGUCCUAAUAUGUGCUGUCGUGGCGUUUCCUCACGGGAGCAGCACUACGGCUAUCAAGGUCCUCGAAGCCGAAGAUGCUGUGAAAGCAGGCGCGCACGAGAUUGACAUGGUGGUCAACGUUGGCAAAGUUCUGGGGGGUGAUUGGGAAUACGUGGCCAACGAGAUUCGCGCCGUGAACGAUACCGUUUUGAAGCACGGCGCCAUCCUCAAGGUCAUAUUUGAGAAUAGCUUUCUUCAAGACGAGCAUGUUGCGCAUCUAUGCAGAAUAUGUGCUGCCCUAUCCGUGGCUUUCAUAAAGACGUCAACCGGCUUCGGAUUCGUGAAGCAACCUGACGGCUCAUACGCGUCUCAAGGCGCUACUAUACCGCGCCUACGGCUGAUGAAGGCCAACAUUGGGCCAACUGUUCAGAUCAAGGUUGCUGGCGGGAUACGGACCCUAGAAGAAGUAAUGGGGGUUAUAUCACUUGGCGUAACUCGAAUCGGCACGUCAGCCACCGCGGCCAUCCUCGAAGAAGCGAUCCGCCGGGGAAUCAAUACACCGCCUGGUUUCGCAUUAGUAUCCCCGCUAGAUACUAGAUACUCCUAACAGUUCUACAGCUGGUUCCUAUAUACGGGGGGGGC